UUUGAUCCGAGAUAGUUCGAGUAAUGCCCUCAUAUAACUCGCAAGUCUCGCAAGGCGUACAUGUCUGUGGAAUUAUAAUUAAUUAUAAUUAGUUGUGUCUUAUGAUAGAUCGGAUUUUAUUGAGGAUUGUUGGCGCUGUUAGAACGAACAAGAUGAAGGUCCUUCUGUGUCUCACCGUUGUUGUGCUGAUGUGCGGAGCCCUCGCCAAGAACAAGAAGAGCGAAGAUAAUAAAGUGAAAAUAGCGCUAUACUACGAAAGCUUGUGCCCCGACAGCAAAAGGUUCAUCACAGACCAGCUGGCCCCCGUGUGGCGGGACUUCAAAGGCUCCGUUAAAGUGAAACUCGUGCCCUACGGCAAGAGCACACACGAUAAGGUGAACGGCAAAUGGCAGUUCAACUGCCACCACGGCCCUGAUGAGUGCUAUGGAAACAAGGUCCAAGCUUGCAUCCUGAAGGACAGAGUCCUCGCUGAUACGGAGAAGAUGGACCUGGUCAUCUGCCUUAUGGGACAGGCCAGCCCUGACAAGUCGCUCGACACGUGCCUAGAGAAAAUCAGCAAGAUAUCAGAGUCAACCAAGCUUAAGCAGUGUGCGAGCGGCACCCAAGGAGACAACCUGCUCGCUGGUUACGGAGACAAGACUGAUGGCGUACAGCGCCCUCUGGCGUUCGUGCCUACCAUCGUGGUUAACGAGAAAUUCAGCCAAGAGAACCAAGAUGCGGCUUUCACCAACCUGAAGUCCGUGAUCUGCCGCGUGGCCACCGGCACCAAACCCUCCGCCUGCUAACGUUUCAUACAUACAUUCAUACAAACUUCAUACAUACAUAGAGAAUUUAAAGAAGUGCAUAAAGUCAGACCAAGGUUGGCAGCGAUUUUGCCAGACCAGACAUUGCAAGUGUUAUUUUAAACUUCACACUUUUAUGAAAUAAUGACGUUUAAUUAACACUUGUACAGGCUGGCCUAUCAAAAUCGCUGCCAACUUAGCUUGGUCUGACUCUAUGACUAAUUCAUCAGUGCACAUAAUACCACAUGUUUUUAUUUAUACUUACAUAUACUUAAGUACCUAAAUUUUGUACAUCUACAAACAUACCUAAUGUUAUUUCUAGAUAGCAAUUUAUUUCACUGUUUACUUUAAAAUAUAUUCAUGUCAAUACAAAAAAAACAUAACAAAAAAUAACAAAACAAUUAUAACUUAAGACUAGCUUAAUAGUCAAAAAGUAUCCACUAGUCGCAUUGCCACAUUGAACGGCGAUAGACAACCUUUGCACCAGGUAAAUAGAAACUAUCAAAUAAUACCUUCUUAGCUUUUUAAAUUUCUAUCACAGUGUAAACCAUUUUUUUUUUUAUAAAAAGUUACUUAUCUUUGAAUAUUUUAGUGUUGAUGACUGAAGUACAGUGUAUUAAUUUAUAAAAUCAUAGCUUCCAGUUGUUUUAAAAUAAGUCUAGAUUGUAAGAUUACUUUUGUAAAAUUUAUGUGUAAAAAUAAAAUAUGAAUAAGAAUAAAUAAAUGUUUUGUUUGGU